GAGACCUACAGAUAACAUGUUUUAUGAUAGUUUGGGACUUCAUAACUUCUUUAAGAUUGCUUUUCCCGAACAAGCAGCAAUCAUUAUUGCCGAUCCAAGACUGUUUAAACAAAAAGAUCAGAGCUCUGCUAAUAGUCACAAAAUUCAAGAGUGCUUGAUUUCGAUUCUUAAAGUUGGAAUCACUUGUUCAGAGGAAUUACCAAAAGAUCGGAUGGCGAUUAAUGAUGUUGGUACUCAGUUGCAAGUGAUCAGAAACACUCUCGUUGGAAUUAGGGGAGUAUACAUGGAGGUAGAGGAGCUAAAAUUGAAAUGCAAUCAUGAGCAGGUGCUUGAGAUCUGAUUAAUCAUAGAGGUAUUGGAUGAUUCAACAACUAUGCCAUGCCACAUAUUGCUUUGGCUGCCUACAACAAUUAAUAAUAUGCUAUUUUUCAAUUUUUCAUUGUGUUUGAUCUCUAUAGCAUUCAUCUUUUCUCAUUUAAAUGUACUUCAAGAAGGCUGCGACAUGCAAUGCCGACCCUGUCUUAUACUCUAAAUAGGUUCCACAGUAGAUGCUGUUCAAUAGAUUGAAAAGAAGAUAAAUCCAAAUGCAUAUAUUCAUCCUCAAGUAUUUUCUUUCAUUAGUUUUGCAGAAGACUUCACUUUACAAGCAGAGUCUUUUCAUGCAAAGCUAAAACAGAUUUUAUCAGGCUUGAAUUGAUUAGUAUGAUGAUAUUUGUCAUCAGGUAACAACUCUUGUGUGAUUAAACCUUGGUUUAAACAAACCUGAACUUUAUGUUUCUGCUUGAUUCGAACCGGCAUACCCAAUUGUUUACAUCUUAAUAAACCAUGAUUAUGAAGUUUUAAAUCAAUAUUUGCCACAAUAAGAUUUAAUCAUUGAAUAUUCACUCUGGAUUCAUUUUGUGGAUUAAUAGUCUAACACUCAAUCUCAAGUAUACUUGAUGGCAUUCUGCAGAUAGAUGUGGAUGAAAAUUUGCCAAGUCUAAUUUUGUUUUACAUGGAGAUCAAGGUGAAUUUUUGAAAAACAGAACUCAUAUGAACAAUUGAGGAAAAUAAUAAUCUUUGAUUAGUUGAAAUUGUUGAGUUUUCACUAUCUGAUUCUAACAAUUAAAAU